AUGGCUGUCGCUGGAAGAUGGAUGCUGUGGACACUCGCUGUGCAUCUUCACACACUACAGGGAGAUGCACUGACAGUGAACAUGAGGGAGUCCAAUUUGGAGGUACUCAGAGGAGACGCAGUCACCCUCCCCUGCUCCUUUUUCACCUCUGACCCGGUGAGCCAACUGAAUGUGAUUUGGACUGUGGUUCCAUUCUCCAGCACAGAAACCCCCACACAGGUGAUUGUUUAUGACCAUGGACAAGUGAUGGAAGACCCCUCAUUCAUUGGCAGAGUAGGCUUUGCAGGUAUCCCAUGGAGUGCAGACAUUGUCCUGAAUGAAACCCGUGGGUCUGACGCUGGCGUGUACCGCUGCAUGGUCAAUAAUCCUCCGGAAACCACAGAGAUGGGCAUUGGAGAGCUCACGCUUUCUGUCCUGUCACCUCCCUCGCUGCCUGUGUGUCAGUGGGACGGGCCCAUCACGGAGGGUGGGAGUGUGACCCUAUCCUGCUCUGUGGAUGAGGGAAUCCCAACACCAGAGAUUGAGUGGGACAAACUGAGUCCAGAGGAAAUACCACUACCUGUCAACAUGGACGGGGACAUGUCUGGCUCAGCACAAAUCCUCAAUGUGUCGUCUCAGACCUCAGGCCUGUAUCGCUGCUCUGCCUCAAAUGCUUUGGGGACUGAACACUGCUAUGUCAACUUAUCCAUCUACAGAACUCCAGACAGUCCCUCGGGAAUCCUGCAGGGGGUGCUGUUGACGCUGUCUAUGAGCCUGCUGCUGCUCGCGCUGCUACUGCUGAUCACGUGGCUUCACCGCACGGGGCAGGACGGCCGCACGCGGGUCCGUGAUGAGGAGGGAGACGAGACCCGCUACAAGCCUUCACUGAUGAAGCGUUCUUUUGUCUGA